GCGAGAUCGGCGGCUCUCGCGGUGUCUCCCUGCAGCGGGUACCGCGCUGAGGUAUCCGGGCGCUGGGCUCAUCUUUUUCAAAGCUGUGGUGAUUCCUGCAGGAGGAGAACGAAAACGUUCGUUUCUGGCCAUGAUAGACCCUUUGGAGAACAAUCUGUUCGAUCUUCCCGAUUACGAGAACACAGAAGACGAAAAGUUUCCCCCUCUCCCGCCCCCUGCCUCUCCGGGGGCGGCCGGGGCUGACUGGGCUGAGCCUCGCGGAGAACCAGAUGGAAACCAGCAGUCACAGACAAAGGAUUCUUCUGCAGCGUCACGGAAAGCAGUUAAAAGAUCAGUACCUAAAUUAGAUGCUCACAGGUUAGUUUCAGAAAGAGGACUUCCUGCCUUAAGACACAUGUUUGACAAUGUAAAGUUCAAGGGUAAGGGGCAUGAGGCAGAGGACUUGAAGACACUUAUACGACAUAUGGAACACUGGGCUCAUAGAUUAUUUCCAAAAUUGCAAUUUGAUGAUUUUAUUGACAAAGUAGAGUCUCUGGGAAGCAAAAAGGAAGUUCAGACCUGCCUAAAACGGAUUAGACUUGAUCUUCCUAUUUUAUCUGAAGACUUCACAAAUGGUGCAGGUGAAAGCAAUGGACUGGAUACAGCCAAGGAAGAAGUAUUUCCGCUCUCUGGGAACGUAGGAGAAUUGGAUUCUCUGCCUGGUACAACUCUCACAGAAGAGCAACAACAGCGGAUCAAGAGGAACAGGCAGCUGGCCUUAGAACGUAGGCAAGCGAAGAUGCAGUGCAGCAGCCAGUCACAACACAACGAGCUCUCUCCUAGCUACCCAGAAGAGGAGGAGUUUAAUACCCCCAUUGCUCAGGACCUGGCUGAUGUCACAGAAGACUCUCAAGUUACUGUGCCCACGGUUGCUGUUACAGAAGCUGAGGACAGAGAUAUGGAACUGGAAUGUGCCAGUGAAAAGCAGCAACCUUUUCCCAGCCCUUGAGUGACUUUCUUAACCUGGUGGGAUGUUUCUGCUAAGUACUGUAGUUUUUAUUGAAAAGCUGCUGGCUUUUCACACUCUGAUUCCAGAAGCCCAGGGAAGCCCUAACCGUGACGCCUGCAUGGUUGGGCAGAACUUCACACUGUUUUCUUCACACUGCCGCUGAAUUGCUCCAUAUGCUGGCAAACAGGACACUGUUCUUCAUCUGCAUGGGGGACUUCUUUUGUUGUUCAGACAUCGUUUAGGAAAUGUUAAUGAGUUUUCUGGCCUACUCUGACCUUUUCUUACAGUUGAUGUCAAACUGAACAAACUGAGAUGUUGAGAGGUUAAGUUCGUAUUCAGGUUUUUAAUGAAAGAUAUGUAACAGGAGUGUUAAGUCUGAACAGGCAUCCUGAAUUUUUUUUUAACUCCCUUAUCAAGUACCAGUAUCUUGUUCUUACACAACAGAAGCUAUUAAAUUUCAGAAGUCAAACUUGAAAUUCUUGUAUGAGGCUGUUACACUACCAGCACUCAAACCAUAAAAUAUACUUUCUGUAGAAUGAACAAGAAACUCGUCCAAAGUUCUCAGCAUUAUGGUAAAGCCCUGGGACUGCCCUCUCCAGCAGCAUGGGGUAGGCCUGUUCCUAACAAGCUGGAUUUCCAAAAGUUGAAUUAACACAUGAACUGCAGUUAGGACAAGAACAGCCUUUACAGCAGGUGAAACAAGUUCAUAUCAACAGCUGUUAUUUUAUGCCAGCUGGAGAACUGCAAUUACCAAAGGCUCUAGAUUAGUGUGACUGAGUUCCCUGUUUAUAUGCUUGUAGUCAAGAGUUAAACUUGCUAAACUGUGGUGGAGGGGAAUUAACAGCUGUAGUAAAUAGGAAGGCACCAGGAAAUAAUUAGGUUUUAAGAACUUAUUUUAUGGAGAACAAGUAACUUUUUUUGAAUGGCAGUUGAAAGAAUUUACCACCCACUCUUAAAUCUAGAAGAUGGGAUUUAUCAUGUAUAAAAUCUUCUCAAAAGUCACACGUAUUUCUAAUCAUAAAAAUAAUUCUUACUUAAAA